AUGGAUUAUGGCUAUCGUGCUGCUCUGUACCUAAUCCGCAAGUAUAUCAAUAAGGGAUAUGCCACAGUAGGCGAUAUUAUUUCGCGAUGGGCUCCAACCAACGAGAAUAACACGCAAGCCUAUAUCAAUAGUGUAUGCAACCAAACAGGAUUUACUCCGUUUACUCGUAUAUCGUUUGACCGGAAAGCGGAUGUUAUCAAAUUGGCUGCUGCCAUGUCGGUACACGAAAACGGAAACAUCCCCGGUUACCCGGAUCAAGCAGCCAUAGAGAACGGAUAUAACAUGCUGCAAACAAAUCAACAAAGCAGCUACAGAACAAUAGGCAUGCUGACUAUAGCUGUAGUCGCUAUAUUUGCAGCAGACAACGUAAACACAGAGGCUUUCUUUGAGAGUGGAUAUUUUCCGGAGUUUAGGGAUGCGCGCGACUACAGCGGAAAGCUACAGAUGCUAUCUUACUUCGAUGAUGUAGUAGAUAAUGCAAGGUACUACAACGCAUGGAGCGCAGAUGAUGAUCACUACACAUUCGGUUUCAAGAACGGAAAUGUAAUAAAUUUACGAAGAUUGGAUAUGAUAACACUUUUAACACUUGGCGCGAUUGCACUCGGAUUGAUUGGUGCACGCAAACAACCGGUUGCCGGUAUAGGCGCAACUAAGAAAGCGAAACGCAGAAUUUACCAACAGAUGGCAGAACUGCAACAGUUCGCUAUACCCUUGGGCUUGAAGUGGGCAGACCUAUCCGCUGAGGAGCAAGGGCGCGUGAAGUAUUGCGCUACAGCAAACGGAUUCACCGGCUCCAGCCGGAGCACUAAGAGCGUGCCGGAGCAAUACUAUAACAGCAUAUCGCGUGCCUACAACGCUAUUUCCGGAAUAGGCGAAACCGACCUGCCACACACAGACUACACAAUACGCAACGACCGGGGCGAUGUAAUACUCACCUACCACGAUUACGGAACUGAUGCACAAAUACUACAGCGUGCACUCGAUUGGUUCUACGAAAGCUUUGUAGAUGUGCCAAACGUAAACGGUUACUAUGCAACAGCAUGGUAUAUUGCAACAGGACGCAAGCUUAAUUGGCAGUCAGUAAAGCAGGAGUGUUUCGCUACUACCACCAACGCAAACGCAGAACGCAAGGCGCGUAUAUCCUAUCUCGCUAAGGAUGGUGCAACAGUCCUUGCUCUCGCACAUGAUCUGUGGCAGCACUCCGGAGGCGAAAGGACGGAUAUGGAGCUACGAGACGAAAUUAUAAGCGCGCUGCUUUCUAUCCAAUCAGUAGGACAGGCACAGCAGUAUGUAUUGGACGCAUACUAUGAUGCCCACCAAAAACAAGACGCUUACAACGAUGUACCUUUUUAA